AUGCCUAAAAAUUCUAAAGAAACCGAGGAUCGACUCUCUGUUGCUUUGCGUGUGUAUCAUGAGCGCAAGAAACCAAAAAUCGCACCGUUGGCGCGUGAAUUUGGCGUUUCCUACCAGCAGCUGAGGGGUUGCGUUCGCGGUCGCAAAUCUCGUUCGGAGCGUUCUGGCCCAAAUAAGGCGUUGGAUAAUGCCCAGGAACAGGCAUUAAUUGCCUGGAUAGGCAUUCUAGAUGAUGCAAAUAUUUCGCCGACUCCGAAGGACAUUGAAAGCUGUGCAAAUGAAAUUUUGGCGCGCAAUGGUUUUGAUCGACGCGUCGGUAAAAACUGGGCUUACGACCUCCUCAGACGCCUCCCCAGCGACUACAAUCAUAUCAUACAGAAGCCAAUGGAGGCAGAGCGAAUGGAUGCCGAGAGACUACCGACAAUAAUCGAUUGGUUUCAUCGCUUAGGGGUAGCGCUAAAGCACUACAAAAUUGGGCCAAAGAAUAUCUACAAUUUCGAUGAAUCAGGCUUCCAACUUGGCCAGGGAAAAUUCCAACGGGUGCGCGCCUUUCAAUGGCUUCAACAUUUUGACCAGCAUACAAAAUCCCGUCUUACACAGCGUGGGGAUUAUCGAUUUCUUUUCAUGGAUAACCACCCAUCACAUAUAUGCUUCGACUUUAUCAACUACUGCCAGAACCACAGAAUUAUUCCUUGGGGAUUCCCUCCGAAGCUCACGCAUCUCCUACAACCCCUGGACGGAAAGCCAUUCCAGCAAUACAAGCACUACUACCGGCAGUACAAUAAUAAGACUAUACAGUGGGGUGGCUCUAUUAAAGAGAAGGCAGAUUUUCUUCGCCAAAUCCAUGCUAUUCGCAUGAAGACUUUCAAAGAUACAACUAUACGGCAUUCAUUCAAGCGCUGUGGGCUAUGGCCAUGUGAUUCUGAAGUCAUUUCCCAAGAACUUCGUGGUGAGGACGGGCCAGAUCUAGUGGUAUACGACCAGGGCAGGGAGUAUGAGUUACCAGAGUGGAAUUGCAAUCACUUACCAGAGUAUGGCCAAGAAUCUAGGCCAGAAACUCCGCCGGCAUCAAGCUCUACUAUCAACUCACCACCAACGACGUUGACAAAGCUGCGACAAGAUAUUACUAAGGCCCAGAAGAGCAUGGCAGCCCUUACAGAAGUCUCCGCAGCUGCUAACGCUGAUGCAGCCAAGAUUGCGCGGCAUCUUGACUUCAUUUUCGAAGGUAGCCUCACCCAGGCGGAAUUAGCUGCCCAGACCACGGCAGAUAUGAGACGCAUGCUUGCCAAUAGGGAGGGGGCCCAGGCCCCUAAAACCCGCCGCCAAAUUCGUACAGGGGGCCCUCUCUCUGUCAGGGAUGCGAAUGCCCUCAUACAAUCGCGGGAUAUUGUAGAGGCAGAGAAAGAGAGGCGGAAGUGGGCGCAGGAUGCCAAGAAACAGUGCGAUGAAAUGCUGCGCAAUGGCCAAUUACAAGCCGCGGAGAAUCAGAGAAGAGAGGCAGAGCUUAGAUGGGAGACUGGACCGGACGGGGAGCUAUUUUAUUGUAUAGACAGACAGGGUAUGGUGCUGUAA